AUGGCUUACAGGCAGGGUGCAAAGACCCCAGAAUCAUCGUUCAGUCCGCAGGCUCGGACUUUUAGCGGGUUAUUGCCGUCACAGCAGCCUAAGUCCAGCUUGUCAGAGCAAACUCGUGCACUCGGCCUCAGUGUGAACGGUACCCCCACUCGCACCAACCACGCUACUCGCAGUGCCGGCAAUGGAGCUAUUCACGCUACUGGCCGUUCAUCCUUGAACUCGGAUUCUCGCGCUCGCAACAUCCAUCAGGGACCUCAAGCUUUCUCUCUUGCCGGUGUUCCUGAGGCUGUCGCAGUCCAAGAAACGGCCUUUCGCCAGGGUCAACGUGAUCGCAGCCGCGCCAUCAAUGACACACCGACUAACCCGUUUGCCAGAAAGUUCGACCAGCUGUGGACGUCUUUCCACAAACUAGGCAAAGAGUGCAGUGACCAGCACAUACCUACUCCUGUCGAUGUGUCUCAGCACAACUUUGACUGGACUGUCCUCAUCAACCCGUACACGCAGUCCCUUCAGAACCCUCGGGGCUUCCUUGACCUGGCAUGGUCUUACAGAAUGAUCCAGGCUACACUCAACUGUAUGGAGGAGCUUAUUCGUGUCAUCUGCCAACGUCACAACGGAUGGGAUAAGAUCGUUGCAGACAUCCCCCAACCUGCCCAGGAGGCCUUGGUUGCCUUUCCCGAUCUCGCGCAGCUUUACGAACGGCUCUCGCGUGACGCCAAAGAGGCUCGUGCCGGAGGUCGUCCUUAUGGUUAUUGA